GACUCAUUUCUAACGUUGUGUGGUACGUCAUCUAAAUUAUUGGCCAGUGACGCCCACACUGCAACAACCCCGCCAUUUGGAACCUAAUCCUUGAAAACAAGGUAAAGUAUUGAAUAUAUUGGCAUACUGUAAUAGCUAGCUAUAGAUUUCGAAUGAGCCAGAAUGGUCAUAUUAAGUGUCAUUGUAAUUUAAACAAAUAAUCCGCAUUUAGAUGCAUUCUGUAGCUAAAAUAGAACUGCCUGACUGGCUGGCUCACUGUUACGCUGACAAGAAGACUGAGCUAACGGUAGCUAGCUAGCGAAGUCAGGCAGCAUCAGCGGGAAUUUAUUUACUAACUUAGCUAACUAUCCCGUUGAUAGGUUUCUACCAAACAACAUCAUUGUCAAUUCAACAGAUUAGCAAAUAUCGAGAUAGCUAGUUUUCAGUCUGUGUGGUGGUAAACUUUGAGAAAUGGGUACUGUACGUAGUUGGCUGGUUAGCUAACGUUAGCUCUCUGUUGUGUUCAAAACAAACCUGCGCGCCAAAUCAUGUCUCCGGGCGCCACACUUUAAAAAGUUAAACUCCACAAGAUUGAAUGUACUGUUGUAGCUGGCUAGCUAUGUAUACUAAUAAUGACAACUAUCUGGUGGUGGGUAAAUUGUGAUUGAUUGUAAUUUUAACUAGCUAGUGUCAAAGUCGCGUUAAUUCAAAUCUGGUAUCAGGAACAAAAGAGGUCAACACGACUUCUAAGGUAUACUAGUUAUUUUAAUUAAUGCAAAAACCUUCAAUGGUAAAUAUGAUGCUUCACAUCAAUCACAGCCUUGCCAGGUGUCACAGCCUACAUUAGCCCAGUCAAGACUGCAUUCUUUCUAAGUUAGUCAUCCCAUCAAUUUAGGAGAAUAAUAAAUCCCCAAUACUAGAUAGCUAAUUUCAUUCGAUUUUUCAAGGGGUUAGCAAUCACAAACAGUCAUAGAACAAAAACUAGCUAGCUAAUAAUGUUCUCAGACAUGACAUUUUCAAGUCCGAGGGAAAGUUGUUGACUAGUUAAAGUUAGUUUAAUGUUUUAGUCAAUAUUGUUCACAUAAAAAGGAGGGACUAUAGUUGGGUGCUUCUCCCGGGAUAUCUGGCUAAACUGAUGGUGGAACUACUUUCUUCCCAAAACAGGGUAUGUCAGCAGAUGUUACAAAGUGCACUGACAUGACUGAAACAAUGGAUGAAAAGAUGGAGGUUUGUCCCCUGUUAGAGGAGGGAGAGAAAGAACCAAAGGUUGAAGACCUGGCCGACUCACCAGAUAAGGCCCGAAAACCACGGAAUGAAAUGAGUAGAGACAUAAGUAUGAUAAGUCAAUGAUGUUUAUGAACUCGUUUUGCUCAAUAUAGGCCACAUUAUGUUAAUUUAUAGUUCAGGACAGGUAUCUAGCUAGUUAUCAUCCCUCCUUUACCUUCCUCAGCUUUGCAUGGGUCCAACUUGUUAGUUAUUGCAUGCGCAGAGACCUGGUUUGCUACAGUUGACGAAGCCAGCAGCACUGAAUUCUAUUUGACCUGUUCUGUUCUUCUUGCAGCUGUAUCUCAAAUAGUUGAAGGGAAGAGGGAGAAAAAGACGGUGCAAAGACUUGAUUUCCAAGUUGCGAAACCUGCCAAGGUGCUGAAAGUUGAAAAUGGUAAGAUGGAGUAUCCUCUGACAUGUCUCUUUAUCACCAAAGGCUAUAGAUGAGCACAGAUAACUUUUCCAAAGUUUUGUUGACAUGAGACAGAAUGAAGCCUGUAAACAAGUUCUCAUCAGUCUCGUAGUCUAUGUAUUGGGAUGCAACUGUAUCAUCUAUCAGCCCUGCUGGGAUCUCAUAUCAUGCUCCCACCACCACUUUGCCCUCUGUAGUCAGCUCAGCAUUUAACAGUACAACCCUAAUUUUCACUCCCUCUCAGGUGGCGGAGAUAAAUUGGGAGACAUUGCGCGAGUGAACCACCACCUCGGAAAGCUGAAGGUUCCAGAUCUGAAACCCCUUCAUACAAUUCUCUUUGAUAUGCCAGGUAAGGUAAGUGUAUCUUACACUUUUUAAAAGGGAAAGAGUUCUGUCACAAUGGACACCCCUGUGUGGGUAGAACAACUCUAGAGUUGCUGUUCUUAGUCGGUUGUGUCAUUGUUGAUGGUUCUCUCCUCAGAUUGCCACAAUGAGGAAAAACAUGCGGCUGUUCAAUGGCUUCCUGUUCGAGGUUGACAGUGAUCCCUAUAUAAAGAAGAAGGAGAGGAUGAUGAAGUAAGAAGGAAAAAGGGUUGCUCAGUUAGGACUUGUGAAACAACAGUAGGAAUGUGUGUGUAUAUAUAUAUUUUGUACCUUUAUUUUAUCAGGGAGUCAUACUGAGACCAAGGUCUCUUUUACAGAUGAGCCAUGAAUUACAUAAAUUACAGAAAAUACACACAUCAAAAUAUAAAUGCAAAAUGCAAGCAGAAAGAAAAACACGGUCAUAAAAAACAAACACAUUAAUCCGUAAUAAGGUCCUCAAUCAGCUUUCUGAAUUGCCCUAGAGGCACCAACACAUCCAAUUUAAGAACAUUUUGAAGAUUGUUCCACUAAUAAGGUGGAAAAGCUGAUUUACCCAACUCAGUAGAGACCAAAGGAAUUUCCAGAGUUAACCGUCCCUGAGACCGGGUCAGGUAACUUGUGUCUAAAGUUUAGGAAUGAUGUUGGGCAAAGUGGGACUUUUUGUAAAAGGGCUUUAUAAAUUAAAACAGCAAUGUAUCAACCUAUGUGACAUCAGAGGGCCAACCAACUUUCUGGUAGAGAAUGGAGUGAUGAGUACUAAAAUUGUCGCCUGUAAUAAAGCGCAGUGCGCUAUGAUAAACUGCAUCUAACAGGUUUAAUGAAGUAACCUGUUUAAACAUAUGAAAUAUUGUGAUUGUGGAUCAAACAUGCUCCAUUAUUAUUGCACAAUACACAAGCGAACUAAUGACUAGUAUUUAUGUGUGCUGUGAUUCAGGAUAACAUGCGUAAGAUUGAGAACCAUCUGCAAAGUGUUAGACCUGGAGAAGGGUGGAAACCAGUCAGUCCUCAUCGACAGGAUCAUGACUUUCCUCAUGAGUCCCAGAAUAUCAGGAAAAGUGAGUUACAUGCCUUAUUUUUAUUUUUUUAAAUAAACUGUCCUUAACAGUAGUUUUCAUGUGUGUGUGAGUGACUGGUCUUUGCUCUUUAGCUAGAUACACAUUUCUUGAGUUUGUUGUCUUGUCAAACAGAAUACAAAACCAAACUGUCUGUUCACCAAUGAGAUCUUCAAAAAAUGUAUAGGCCCUACCUAUAAUUCUGUCCUUCCCACCUGCAGCCUGUGAUCUCAAAGAGGAAGAAGAAGUCUAAGAAGAAUAUCUCAACCAAAGACUCUAAGAGCAAGACCAAGGCUAAGGCGAAGAGUACAUCCAGCAGCCCCCGGAAGGCCAAAGCAGAGAGCAAGUCCAAAGCCAUCGUCACUGAUUCCAGCAGUGAUGAUGACGACGAGCAAGGAGUCACAGUAGAACAAGACGAGUCGGACGCUGAAAAGAAGAGCGGGAAAUCGGGAAAGAGGGAAAAGGUGACGACCGAUGAAGAUACCGAUGAUUCUGAUGACUACGACGAAGAGGUGAAGAGAACUGAAAUGUUGUAAUGUAAACUGAUAGGUAUUGUCCAUUGGAAAUUGAUAUUUUCCCUAUUUGAUCUUGCAUGAUACUAGUGCCACUAUAUAAAUAUUGUAGAACUGUAGAAAGUGAACUGUCAGCCUGUUCUGUCACUCAAAGAUUAACCAUAGAAGUCCCUUCUCUCCUACCAAUCAGGAGUCCAAGUCAAAUCCAGCAGCCAAGGGCAAUAGAACACCUGCCAAGAAGCGUACACAACCAGCAAAGAAGGCAGCUCCUGCCAAAAAGAAGACAAAAGAGGAAGACUCCGACCAGUCCGAGUCUGAUUCAGACAAGGAUGAAGAAGAUGAGGGAGAAAGACAGCGAGAGUGAAGUUGAGAAGGUGAGACUUCUGUCAAUCUGUCUCAGAUUCUGGAUUUGCUAAACUCACAGCAAAUCUUGUGAAUACAAAAGUCAACCGUUUUGGUUUGUGUCCAUAUUUUAAUUCUUUGUUGUAUGUAAUUAUUAUGUAAUAGAUCAUGUCUAUUAUGUCUUCUGGAUAGGGUUUUUACCCAUUUGCCUUUUUAUCUUGAACUAAUGGUGAGCGACGUAAUGGAGUGAACUCAUGGAUUGAUUUGUCCUCAGCCAAAAAAGAAACCAGCAGCUAAGAGGGCAGCACCGGCCAAGCCAGCAGCUAAGACCAAGAAAGCAGACAGCAGCAGUAACAAACAGAAAAAGACUGCCAACAAGGGCAAUGGUAAGAAUCUGUAGAUUGACUUUUAUAGCACGUUUCAUACGUCAUUGGCAACCUGUAGCCUAGUGCUUAUUGUUAUGUUUUUGUCUGCUUGUUUUCCUAAAUAGCAGCACUCGACAGCUCGGACGACGAUGAGCCGUUGAGCAAGAUGAUCAAGAAGCCUCCGACAGAUGAGCAGCUGAAGGAGACUGUGAAGAGGCUGCUGAAAGACGCCAACCUGGAGGAGAUGACCAUGAAGAAGAUCUGCCAGAAAGUAUGUUUGCUCCUCAAACCCCUCUGAUUUGAUAUCACAGUGAUGGUUGGUUUACCUGUAAAAGUCUCUUAACACAACAACUUCUCUGUCCCAGGUGUACGACACAUACCCAGAGCAUGACCUGACCAGCAGAAAGGACUAUGUCAAGCAGACGGUAAAAACGGUGAGUAACCUGUCCUCCCUUGGUGUUCUGGAAUAGCAGCACUGUGCUUGCCUUAACGACUGUCAAAAUAUGUCAUUACCCCCAAGAAUGUGUUUGUGAAUGCUUUUCAAUUAUGUUUUAUCUGUUGGCAGACUGUUGAUUUCUUUGUAUAACCAUUUUUUGUUUUUCUUCUCUGCAGCUGAUUUCCUAAAGAACAUGAAAACGGUCCUUGUGACCAAUAACUGUGUGAAUGUUCCAAUGCUGGAAAAGGAUAAUCAAAAGAAUGUGCCUACCUUCUUAUAACUGCUCAAACCCCCAGUUUUACUUCUGUAUGUGUUUGUUUUUAUUUGAUUGAAAAUGUUUUUAUAUGUUUCCGUAUUGUCAUUUCCAACUUGACUGCACACUUCGCUUAGGUCAUAUUUAACAUGCUACUUAAGGCUUAUGCAUUUGUCAUUGCUUGUUAAUAAUCUGUGCUUUGUUAAUACAUUUAACUUUACAGUUUUUCUACUGAUCCCAAGCAAAGGGUGUUAGGCUAAACGAACAGUGUUUAGAGAUUCAAGGUUGGUCACUGUAAAUUGAAAUAUGUCCUUAGGCAAUGCAUGAAUUCACACAUUGUUGAUUUUAAAUUGAUUUCCUGAAUUGACCAGUCAAAAUGGAAUAAGGCCCCUUACUAUAGCUAUCCACUGCCUUUCUUCUUUGUCUUUUGUGGAGGAUUUCAAAUGUAGUCUUUCCCUCUGUGGUGUUGAUGCACAUGAAACAGCCUCAUAGCAACAAGGCAGUGGUAUGUAUGCUCGGGUGUAUUCACUAGGAACCAAACAGGGAGGGACCUACCGGAAUUUGAAGAUAUAGAAACUCGUUUUACGUUUGGAGUAAACUGUUUGUUGCAAAACGUUUUGGACUAAUGAUUCCACCCCUG